AUCGGCGUUUGUCAGUGUGCAUCAGUCAGAUUGAUUAAAAAAAACUUGACAUUUGGACGUUUUAAUCUAUCCACGCUACGUCAUUUUAUUCAAAAUGGCGCUGGAGGUGCAUUGCGGUGUUUCCGCAGAAACAAGUAGCCAAGAAUUAUGAUUAUAAUGCACCCAAAGACUUUAAAACAAUGAUAGUGAGUGCGUUUUGGUAGUGUUCGUGUUCUAAACAUAUACCUGCCCUUACAGUCAGUCAGCGUUCUCUUUACACGUGUUUACAUCGUAAUGCUGCGGAGAGUUAACUUUUAUUCGAUAUGUUUCGCAUUCGGCCUCAGUGUAUUGUUAAUUCUUGCUGGAAGUCGAUAUACAGAUAACACGAAUAACCGUCCAUACCCAGAAAGUCGCAGGAAUAUAAGGAACUUCCUGAGGAUUGAGGAUGGAGAAGAACUAUUUCCGCAGCCCAUUCCGACGAACCCUUACGACGGGUCACCGAACAUUGACAAAAUAUUGGAGAGGGCUAGAGGAAAGAUUAAACUUGAGUUAUCAAAUUACAAUUUCACACAUUCAGGGGCAAAAAAAUUGGAGGACUUGCUUUUGGAAUCGGGGGGUAAGCCUCUGAGGAGUCUUAUUAUAUCGACAUGGAGGUCUGGCACAACGUUUUUGGGUGAUAUUUUGAAUGCAGUGCCUGGAAAUUUUUACCACUAUGAGCCAUUUUUGAGCUACGAGAUAAUUCAGAUCAGAGGCCCACCCCAGGCCGACAAAGCAUUAAGCACUAUCAAGGGCAUGCUCAACUGUGACUUUAAAAACAUGGAAGAUUAUUUUACAUACGGGAAGAGUCACUUGCACCAGUUUAGCCACAACACAAGAUUAUGGGACCACUGUAAAUAUAAGAAAGAACUGUGUUCUGAUGCUGAAUUCACUUCUAGGUUUUGUAGAUUGUUCCCUUUCCAAAGUAUGAAGAUUGUGCGGCUGCGGCUACGAUUGGUGCGAGACAUUCUGGAAGACCAUGAGCUUAAUGUAAAAGUGGUGCUGUUGAUCCGCGACCCACGUGGGGUCAUGCAGUCACGGCAGCACCGUGGCUUCUGCCUACCAGCUCCGGACUGCUGGCAGCCUGAAUUGCUCUGCGCUGAUAUGAUAAGCGACUAUGUAGCUGCCGGGAGGCUGCAGCAGCAAUACCCAAACAGGCUCAUGGUACUUCGCUACGAAGAGUUGGCCCUGGAGCCCACUACCACGACGCUCCGACUGUUCAAGUUCCUAGGGCUCAGCCUGACGCCCGACGUCGACGAGUUCCUACACUCGCACACCAAUAUCGAGGUGGCCGGCGUCAGCUCCACUUUCCGAGUGUCCCGUGAAGUUCCGUUCCGGUGGAAGAAUGCUCUGGAGUUUGACUACGUUGAGGAGAUCCAGAUGGCAUGCAAGGAGGCUAUGGAGCUGUGGGGGUACCGCAUGGCGUACAACGAGUCCCACAUGGCUAGCAAAGAGUUUUACCCCUUAGAAAGAUACUCAAUCACACAAUGAUAUUACGUAACCCAUGAGCAAAAGGAAGAAUAAUUAUAGUUAUUUCACGUUGUUUUUUAUACAAAUUGGUAAUGUAUAAUUUUAUUUAUUUAGCUGGUAAUGAAAGGUGCAGCGCCGGCCUAGUCAAGCGCGUCAUGUUAAAGCAAAUCUCAGUCAGGUGUCUUCCCUAAAUAUGUAUCUCUAAAGCAAGUACUAGUUUUCUAAAGGCACAUCUACGUGCUAAAAGUCUUUGAGUUAUAAUUUUGUGGUUUACUUACAUGUUGUAGGUAUUGUUUGAUUAGUAUAUUUAAUAAAAUUCUCUUAGUGAAAGUGAUUCAGUCCGACGAAUUUUUCACGAAGGAACAUUCCAGAUUGUUGCUAUUGCAAAUAUGGUCAGCUAGAAAACGAAGUAACAAAAAUAGUAGUCCUCAUUACUAAACCAGUAUUACUAAAACGUCUAGAAUAAUAUUUGUUUAAAGGACACUAGUUUGUGCCCGAGUACAUACAUACCAGUAACUAACCGAAUAAAUUGAUGUCUUGAUGGAAACAAGGACAUAAAUAAAUAGCGGUCAGGAAUGUAUUACGGUUGGGUAGGUAGUGGUGAUAGUAAGUUAGUUUUCCUAUUAUUUAUCAGCAAAUUGGGACAGGGUUAAACGUGUUGAACAUUUUCGGUUGGUUCCAUGAAUUUAACGUAUGCAAAGGGCACUUAACGCCAUUCAUACUUAUAUUUUCUGAAGACUGAAUGCAUUUCCAGCGUUAGUCCUUACUCUUCCAAAUAUUAUACUAACAAAUUAAUUAGCUCAGUAGAAUGUUUGCGCUUUAAAAUCGACUCCAGUAAUGUCAUGAAGUAAUGUUAGAUGUAAUUAGUGAGCUCAGGUUGUGUACAACACCGCGGUGUGUCGUUAUAUCCAAAUGUAAAAGAUGGACCAUUUAAAUUACGAGAGGUCUAAAUUGCUAGGUAAACGCAAUGUAUACAAGUACAUGUAUGAGCAAUUUUUGUCUCUUCUACUUAAUGCAUAUUAAUUACGAAUAAGCUUAGGCAUUAGCACUCACGGAAUUGACGAAUUGUUAAUGCUUCCAGUUAAGACACUGUAUUAUAGCGUUAUUGUACGAACAAGUGGCUUCGGUCGGCCAGUAACGUUAGACAGGGGACGGGCGGGCGCGUUUUGCGCUCGCCUAGUGAGAUACGUUUACAUUUAUAUUGUGGCUUUUCAAACUAGAGAAUAUUCGGUUACGCUACUCGAAACACCAACUUACUAAAUGCUUACUUUAUUAAGCACUUGGUGAAAUAACAAUUAUUACUACUUUGUCCGGCACUCGCGUGUCCGCGUCGGAUCAAAUGAUAAAGAAAGCUGAAUAAUCUCCGUCCAUGAGAUAAAUACGAUCGUCGAUAUCAAAACCCCGAAGUUCUGAACUGACGGGCCCUCGUAAUAUAUUUAAUGUUACGAGAUAUUUCACGUUUACUGAAAAAUACACGUUUUCAAGAAUUACUUGCACAGUGGGUAUCUAAAAGUGGCGGUGCGCCAAUAGUAUUCGUCGGGAAGCGGCGACUUUUAGUAAAAAUACGCAACUGGCUGAAAAUUAGGCACGUCUGUAGGAAUCGAGUUCUAUUAGCGCUCCGCUGCCGGUACUUAAUAGACUUAACAUUCACGAUUUGGAUGAGUGUUAUCUUAUUUGUAAACCUCAAGCGGGUUGCUUUUGAAUUUACGUCGCUUGGUUAAUAAAGGUGUUUGAGUAAUAAAUAGUUAAGUAGUAAAAUAAUCGGAUUUACAUUGAAAUAUAAAAUAUAACAUGGUGUCAUAUCGUUUUUCGGGACGCCAGCGAUCACGCACUAAGUCCCCGACCGCGACUUGUCCCGCGCGUCGAUAAUGCAACAAAUGGAACUAAUCUAAACGUAGUGAGAUUCAUUAAGUGCACUUGUUUGUAAGGUAGCUAUAGGUUUAACGAUUGAAACGUUGAUGCUAAAUUUGAAUGUAUUACUUUUCGCGAGUCUUUGGUAUUUGAGGUAGGAAAGUAAAAAAGUAAUUUUAUGGUUUAUCUUUAAUAUACAUUGGAAAUAAAUGCAAGUAAUAGAUUAGUUAUAAAUAAUGAUAAUCCUAAAUCCUAACCAUGACCGCACGCGCAACAUUACAUUAGUAUAAAGAUCAAAUAGGUACUGAAGUAAGCAUUUAAAGUAUUGGCUACGGACAUUCUGCGAAGACUCGUCUUUACGUAAUUAUAUUAAAUAGCAUAAACAUUAAAUAGCAUAGGUAUCUUGAAGUCCCGUUGAUUACAAAGCCUUAUGUUCACUUAUAAGAAGUGCUUAUAUUGGCCUUAUGCAGUUUAUAUUCAAGAGGUAACAUUCAUAUGUUUGUAUAACAUUCUCAUCGGUGCGGUACGACUUGGUUGAGUUGCAAUAAGCAGCGUAUCUAAUAAACAGAACUUACAAGCAGUGGAAAGUUCACCCAGGAUCAGUUUUUAAUCAUCCUUGAAAUUACAGAUUCUUAAACUGUUCAGUGAAGACUGUCAUUUAAAAAAAAUCUGGUUGGUGAUUUAUAGUUCGUUUUUUUAGCAUUAGAAAGAACUCCGCAGAAGCAAGCGUGCAGUUUUUAUCAGGCCUGUUAAUUGUUACUAAUUAUUGAAUUAUCUAAUGUAGCAUGGUCAAUACAUAUAAUUUACUUCAAAUUGUUACCGCUAAAAGUGCCAGAUUUAGAACCACAAGCGAACUUCUGCGAAGUUCUUUCUAAUGCUAAAAAAAACGGACUAUAGUUGUAGUUUUUAAGUCUACUAUAGGCGACACAGCAAUUUAAUACAGUGUGUAAAUCCAAUCCGGGCAAUAAAUCAAACCAGACUUAUGGCGUUACUCAUAACAUAAACGAGCGUAACGAGAUACGAGCUUUUUAUAGUAACAGUAAACUAAAAUGCCAACAAGCGUUGACAGUUAUUAUACUUAUUAUAAAAAGCUCGUAACUUGUUUGAUGUUUUACAUUUGGGGCCUUAUUAUUUUUAUAGUUGUUUUAAUCGUAUUAUAAAGCAAGUUAUUUCAAUAUACUUCUUAGGUCCUAUGCCCUAUGCUAACCGAUCUUUAAAGGUUUCCCCGUGUUGAAUUUACACAUUGUAUACCUAAAUUAUUAUUCAGUUUUAACAAGUAUCACAUUCUAACUAAAAUGUUAACUAAGAUUAUACUUGUUAAAUAAUAAUUAAAAAUUUCUUGGGCAGCUUGCCAUAAUACCUAAAUAUUAGGCACUUUUAAUGAAUAGGCGGGGGACCACACAGAGCGAGCCGCCUCGCGAAGAGAUUUUCGCGCGAAACAAACGGCCCGUGACACAAUAUUAUUUCGGAGACGCCACCUCAUAUCCGCGCCUUUCAUCAGAGAGCUACGUUACCGCAACGCCGGCUGUAACAUGCGGUUAGUAAAUACAUCUUAAAGAGUUUAAUAUGUAACUACAUAAUUAGGCAUUAAAACCAUCAUGUGGUCUUUUUAAGUAACUCGCUUCGUUCGUUUCUUAAAUCCAUAGGUACCUUGUAAAUUUGUACCUAAGUGUGACAGGGAGACAACACGUCGAACGUGAUUCGCGGUAGGUACUCUGCUCGCUCUGUGUGGACCCUAAUGCCUAAUGGACUAUAGUGAUAAUAGAUUUAGUGCAUUUACACACGUAAAUGGAAAGGCCGGCUUAAGUUAAUUUUUCCCUAGCUUAGCGUAAUUAAACAUAAUUCAUAAAAUACAAUAAUUCUAUACUCGAACAAUUAAGAUACUGAUUAAUAAUAAGAAUAAGCAUGCGUUCCGUAACCUUCCGAAACCCCGGUUCUUAAACAUGUAUUUGAGCUUGGCUCUAUGAAGGUCAAUUGUUAAACAAAACCUUAACUACAGUCUGGACUGAUAGAAAUUAGAUAUUUAAGUUCUCUAUCACUCAAAUAUGCAAAAGCGUUAAUGAGGCGAUAACUGAAUCUAUUUUCGAUGUGACUCUGUGUCUGUUUUUCUAUCUGUCCUGGCUAUUAACGGGCGAAUCAACUUUUUCUUGUCACUUGUUGCGAUGGCUCUCUUUAAACCCUCUUGAUACGGUUGUGUUCUAAUGUGUGGGGAAGACAAACAAAUUAUAGCCAGCAUUCAAUGCAUGUAGUAUGAUACCUUUGGGUAUGUGCUUUACGCACACUAGUGUCCCAUCCCCUCCCCCUGACGCAACCCCCCUUUUAGCAUGAAAUAUGUCCCGGUUGACAGAUUUUUUAUUAAAAGGCAUAAAAAACACAAUUUGAUCGAAUCAUAUGGUAUAUACCAUAUUAUAUCACGUAUACCAAAUUAACUAAACAAGCUUUUCUGCGGUACUUAUAAGCCCUUUCCAUAAUGGGUCAUCUACCAAGCAUGUUAGUAGAACGUGUGACUAAACAAACUCCAUGCAAAUGCGACUAUCGUCCCCUGUCUGAUGAGGCAGAAUAAAAACAAGAAAUAGUUGAUCCGCCCAUUCCUCAAAUACAUUAAGUAGUAGGUCAGUACCUAGCUUUUCUACGUACCUAUUUGGGAAUUGGAACAGGGGGCCGUUUUUGAAUUUCGACCGCUCGAUUACGAUCAAGAAUAAUCUCCACUAUUAGGCAUUUAAGUUCUACUAAUAGAAUUGAAAACGAGUGGUCAAUACCACAAAAUUCCCAAUUUCAAUCGCUCUUAUUUCAAAAAUUGGCGUUUGAAGGAAAGAAACAGAAAAAUUAGCAUUUCGCCGUUUUCCACCGAUUUUUGAGUGACGAAAUCGAGCUAUCGAAAUUCAGAAAUCGCUCCCCGGACAGAUAGGCAUGUUUGUCAUAGUUUAAUCUCUUAUAGUAGGUAGGAAGUACGAAAUUUCUUUAAAUCUAGGUUCUUAAACUCAUACAACGUGCUGGUAACCUCAGAAAGUACAUUAAACGUACAUUAUAAAUUAAGGUAUUUCUAACUUGUGUAUUAAGUAUUAUAACAUUUAUAACAAUCUGUUCAGUAUUUAAGAAGAAAUUAACCAUGGAUACGUUUAUUUGCCCUGGAGCAGCUGUUUAUCUGAGGAAUUGGAACAUGGCAAUUUAAUGAGACUUCAUAACACUUCAGGUUAUGCAACCUCAUUAAAUAAUAGGUGCAUAUACGUAUUAAGUAUUCUGUUAUAUGAUUUAUUUGUGACACAUAUUAAUAGAGGCAUAGGAAAGACUGAUGCUGAUUAGUUUGAAAUUAAGUUCGUCAGAAAAUUGAGCCCUUUUAAUCUCAUUAACACAAUCGAUUUAAAAAUAUUUUUAUGUAGGGAUGGGCGUAGGGUUUCGGCUUUUGGCCGGAGGCUCAUGUGUACCUACUCGUAUAUUCAGUGAGAAGUAUAGAAGUCUCUAAAGGCGUCCAUGCCUACGAAAAUAUCGCAAAAUUUAGCAAGACAUUUAUACAAGAUAAAUAACUAAGAUUGGCCAUUUGUUGCCCUGCAAAGUUUUUACCUAGUAGUUUUACUUUAUUGCCUAAAAUUAGGCUGAAGUACUCUGCGCUAUGGCUCAAUCCCAUUCUGGACAGUAUUUUGUUAAUAUGUAAUAGGCAUUUCUGAUGGAGCCUGUAGAAAAAUUAUCUUCAAAUCAAUAGUUCAAUUCUUGACUAUGUACUUAGUUUGUAAACCACUCCGUAUAGGAGUAGAGGAAUCUAUAAAACAUAAGUAGGAAGUUGUUUGCAUAAAUUAUAAAUAUUAUUAUACAUGAUGCUGUCGUUAGGGCACCGCGGCCUUAUAAAUAUUUCGUCAGGUGACAAGCAAAGGUCACUAAUUACAAAAAAAAAUUAAACAAAAAUCGGUCUUCUUUAAGUAUUAAUAUGGUUCACUAUGGCUAUGAACUUGUGGUGGUACAUAGGUAGUGACUUUUGCUUGUCACCCGACGAUUUGGUCAUUAAUGUCUGGCUACAUAAUAUCUUAACAGCUCAAGUGCUCAAAUAGAAAAAAAAAACCAUAUACAGGGCGAGUUUUAAGUUUUGAAACUUAAUAAAUAUGUAAUCAGUAUUUCCACCUGUGUUCAUUGCAGCCUACAAUCAAAGAAAAAACAACCAACGUGAAAAUAUUAAAUUUAGUUAUAUGAUGUGUUUCAGAACUAUGUAGCAUUUCGCUAUAUUUUAGGUUACUCUAAAGGCUAAUAAUCUGUUAGUGUCGCAAACGAGACAAUAUUUCGCUUAAUGCAUUGCCCUUUAAGUAAUGUGUAUGUGUUUACGAAGUAAUACAACAAAGUCAAUAAAAAGCCAUCAAUUACUAAUUAAGAGAACAUGCUUCCUAAUAGAUCUGACAAUAUAAUAAAAUAUUAUGUUAUGCCUUAACGAAAUACUGGUAGUGAUAUAGUUAAGAUGUUUUUAUUGAAUUGCAUGUUAGAGACUAUAUAUUAUACACUCAUAAUUAUUUAGUGACGCCGUUCUGGGAGCUGGCUGGAACCAGUGUAGAUUUUUUAUCAUAUCAUUAGCAUAUCAUAAGGUACUGAUUAUACACGAAGUGAGUGAGCUGAUCACGAUAAACUUUCGCUUGCGCCUGUUAUGAGGAAUUUAUUCAGCGAGCUGAUGUACUACGCUUAUAUUGGCUAUUACUUUACGUAUUAUAAUGCUCCUAUGUUUAAUAAUUAAUUCUAUAUUUUGUUAUGUUUUAAGAUUUUAAUAGGCUAAAUUAAUUUUCUUAAUAGUAGCAGAUACUUACCUACUCGAAAUUUAGAUCAAAAAUACUAUUGUUCAAAAUUGCUUAUUAUUUAAGAUUAUCUUUAGAUGACAUUGUAAGCAAUAAAAUAAUAAAUUACACGAAAAGUUCAGCCCAUUUGAUUGGAAGCGGUAGAAUUUAAGGGUAGCCUUAUUAGUGUAAGAGUUAAUCGAGUGAUUAAAAUGUUAAAAGUUAUACUCAGUAGGUAGGUAGGUAUAGCACGGCGGCAUUACUCAUUGCAAACAUUGUAUUCAUUAUCUUUUUGUCUUAAGUUUUAAGUUACAAUAAAUGGAUGAGCCGUUCCAA